AUGGCCCCGUCGGGAGUACGGGGUGAACCUUUUGGCCGUAACUGCCAGUCAUCCCUCGGUGCCUCGUCUGGAGAUUCUGUGGUUCCCUCUGUCAUUCCAGAUCGACUCGGCCCCGAGAACGUCCAGUAUAGUGCCGUAUACUCGAGCGUUGAUUCUGGAGCGACACGGCGACACGGUACCGCUCGAUCGCAGCCCCCUUCCCCACCCCCUCCGAACCACUCAUCCGCAAUUUUCCCAGUGACGUUGUGGCUCACGAUCCCAUCCCCCCCCCCUACCUCGUUUUCUCUUCCCCCCUCCCCCCAUCUGAAUUUCCCUCUGGUCUAUCCUCGCCGGCUCCCUGCCGCCCCCGUGUUCACCACGCCUCCCUCCACGCGGAAGAGAAAGGCGGCCGAGGCGAUUGCGGACGACGACCAGCCUCCCCCCAAAGCCAAAGCCGCCCCCCAGGCUGCCCACGCCCGGAUCGCCACUGCCUCCGACGACCGGCUGCGCAAUAAACCCUCCACCCUUCCUGUGGCCUCACAGGACGAACGAGGCAGCUCGACUAGUUCCGCCAGCCAGAAGAAGAGGGAGAUCGCGACUCCCGCGACCACCGCGGGCAGCAUGGACUCCGACGACGAUUUCCUGAGUGAUGUCUCCAGCCCGGACGACUUUCUCGACACUCAGGGAAGCGAUGACGAGAGCUUAGGUGAAGGUAAGUUGGGCCAGGGAGUGCAAAAAAUGCACUGCCCGGAUGAGACUCCCCUUGCAACCAGGACGAUGAACGCUGACUCGGCAUCUCUUCGUUCCUUGCCAGACUUCGGAGACCUGGACGCCGGAUUCUCCGACGAUAAAGAUCUCCUCAAGCAGAAACGAAAACCGUACGAAGUCGAUUUUAAAAUCCUAGACCCGCCCGACAUCGAACGGGAGCAGAACGUGCAGAUCGUCGAGGUCUCCGCGAUCCUCGGGCUGCCGCCGGAGUCGGCUGCCAUCCUGCUACGCUUUGGACGAUGGAAGCAGGAGAAGCUCAUCGAGGGCUAUAUGGAGCGCCCUGAGGCAACAUUAGAAGAUGCCGGACUAGGGACGAACUUCGAGGGCACCGCCAAGACGGAGACCAUCAAGGGCUUCUCGUGUGAGAUUUGCUGUGAGGACGGUGAUGAUCUCGAGACCUAUGCGAUGCGCUGUGGCCACCGAUUCUGUGUCGACUGCUACCGCCAUUACCUGGCGCAGAAGAUCAAAGAAGAAGGCGAAGCGGCUCGUAUUGAGUGCCCCGGUGAUAACUGCCAUCGUAUUGUGGACUCGAAGUCGUUAGAUCUCUUGGUGACGGACGACUUGAAGGAUCGCUACCGAACACUCCUCAUUCGGACGUAUGUGGAUGAUAAGGAUAAUCUACGGUGGUGCCCGGCGCCCAACUGUGAGUAUGCUGUCGAUUGUGCUAUCAAAGCUCGGGACCUCCGCCGGGUUGUGCCAACGGUGCGAUGUGCUUGUAAGCAUGAGUUCUGCUUUGGUUGCUCUCUGAACGACCACCAGCCCACUCCGUGUGCCCUGGUCAAGAUGUGGUUGCAGAAGUGCGAGGACGACUCCGAAACUGCCAACUGGAUUUCGGCGAAUACCAAGGAGUGUUCUAAGUGUGGAUCAACCAUCGAAAAGAACGGCGGCUGCAACCAUAUGACCUGCCGCAAGUGCAAGCAUGAGUUUUGCUGGAUGUGCAUGGGGCUUUGGUCAGAGCAUGGCACCAGCUGGUACAACUGCAACCGGUAUGAGGAGAAGUCCGGCUCGGACGCUCGUACCGCGCAAGCCAAGUCGCGCGCCUCGUUGGAGCGCUACCUUCAUUAUUAUAACCGGUACGCGAAUCACGAGCAGUCUGCCAAGCUGGAUAAGGAUUUGUACCUGAAGACCGAGAAGAAGAUGAGUAGCCUGCAGUCGCAGUCUGGUCUCUCAUGGAUUGAGGUGCAAUUUCUCGAUACAGCCUCACAAGCCCUGCAGCAGUGUCGUCAGACACUCAAGUGGACGUAUGCGUUUGCCUUCUAUCUCGCCCGUAACAAUCUCACCGAGAUGUUCGAGGAUAACCAGAAGGACCUGGAAAUGGCGGUUGAGAGUCUCAGUGAGAUGUUUGAAAAGCCGGUGCCUGAGCUAGCUGAGCUGAAGGUUGACAUUUUGGAUAAGACGGCCUACUGCAACAAGCGUCGGGUCAUCCUGUUGAGCGAUACCGCCGAGAAUUUAAAGAAUGGUGAGCAGUGCCCUGCGCGGGGAGUUGCAAUGUGA